UGUCAAACGUCAGUUGUCACCGAAUCGAAAGCAUUUUAAUUUUAAAUUGUUUUCAUAGUAUUUAUUGUUUUGUUUUGAUUUUCGAAAAUAGAAUAUUGUUAUAUUACACCUAUUCUAACGUAACCACCCAGUAAUAUUAAAAGUGUCAGUUAACUUAGCGAUUUUAUUAGUUUUAUAUUAUUAUUACAAGGGAACGAAAACUUUUAAAAAGUUAAGUUAAAAUUACUUUUAAAGUUAAAAUGAUAAGUGAAGAUCAAAUAUCAGAAGUUAUUCAAAUAAUUGCCACAAAUCUAAGAAUUAAAGAGUGGUCGUAUGAGAAACAAUCAUUUAAAAACAUUGCACAAAACUAUUUCGGCGUUCUUAUUCCAGUUUCAUUGUUCAAUUUAUCUAAUGAAGAUAAUGUUAAACUUGAACUUGUUUUGAAACUAGCCCCAACCAAUGAACAAUACCGUGUUAGUGGGGCUGUUACAACGAUGUUUCAAAAAGAAAUAUUUGUUUAUACAACUAUAAUGCCAACCUACCGCAAAUUUCAAAAUGAUAUAAAACACUUACAGUUUCUAAUACCAGAGUGCUAUCAUGUAUGUAAAGAAUAUUGUAAAGAAGUAAUUGUUAUGCAGAAUAUGUGUGCUGAUGGUUUUAUGCCAUUUGUUGAGAGCUUAGUACUAGAUUACAACCACAUACUUUUAUCUCUCAAAUGUUUAGCACAGUUCCAUGCCAUGUCCUUUAUUCUAAAAGAAACUGAACAUAGACUUUACAAAGAUAUAGAGGAAAUAUGUGUUCCAUUGUCAAGGCAAACUAAUAAAAGAUUUAUGGAUAUACUUAAGGAUAGAUUAAUGAAAGCUAUAAAUAACUUUUCAAAGAGCCAGUAUGUACAAUUGUUUAAUUAUUUAUUUGAAAACUGUGAGCAACUGGUAGAAGAUACAUUUAAAAAUGUGAAUGGCUUAUGCCUUUGUCAUGGAGAUGUCUGGAAGGAGAAUUUUCUGUAUAAAUAUCUAAAGGAUGAACCUAUAUCAGCAUGCUUAAUAGAUUAUCAAACAGUGAGAUUGUCAAGUCCAGCAUAUGAUGUACUAUAUUUAAUUGUUUCAAGUACCACAUCAGAAUUAAGACACAGAUACUAUCCACAGCUAUUGAAUAUAUACUACGAAACAUUUGAAGAAAUACUUAAUGAAGCACAGUUGAAUGUUGGAACGCUGUAUUCCAGGGCAAUGUUUAAUGAGGAUUUAAGUAGUGUGGCACCAGCUUGCCUCAUAAUUGCUAAUACAGCAAUUUGGUUAUCAAGUGGGCUACAAGAAGAAGGACAUGUUCGUAGCAAAGUCCAAUUGAAUACUGAUUUUGAAAAAAAAAUGGCAGCGGAGCAUUAUGAAGAUAGAUUAACAAGAAUUAUAGAAGAUCUAAAGAGCUAUGAGUAUUUAAAUUUUAGUUGUUAAAUGAAAGUUUUAUAAUAAUUAUAAGUAACUAACCCUUCAGAUGUUGUUCUGUACAUAAUAAAAUACAAUUUUAUGAAUUUGUCAACAAUAUUUCAUUACAUCACAAAUUAUUUCGUAAAAUAUGCUCCCUGUUGUUAUAAUGAAAUUGUUUCACAGCUGAACUGUCAAACCCCACAUGUCAAUAAAUUUUCUCAUAGAAAAUA